CGAGCUCAACUCAUCGAGCAGCAGAAAUGCCUGGAGCAGCAGACUGAAAUGAGAGUGCAGCUUCUUCAGGAUCUGCAGGAUUUCUUCCGCAAGAAGUCGGAAAUAGAGAUGGAGUAUUCCCGAAACCUGGAAAAAUUGGCAGAGAGGUUCAUGGCAAAAACAAGAAGUACAAAGGAUCAUCAGCAGUACAAGAAAGACCAGAACCUCUUGUCACCAGUGAAUUGCUGGUACUUACUCCUGAACCAAGUAAGAAGAGAAAGCAAAGACCAUGCAACGCUGAGCGAUAUCUACCUGAACAACGUGAUCAUGCGGUUCAUGCAGAUAAGUGAAGACUCCACCAGAAUGUUCAAGAAGAGCAAAGAGAUUGCAUUUCAGCUACAUGAAGACUUAAUGAAAGUUCUUAAUGAGCUUUACACAGUCAUGAAAACAUACCACAUGUAUCAUGCAGAGAGCAUCAGUGCAGAAAGCAAACUGAAGGAGGCAGAGAAGCAAGAAGAAAAACAGAUUGGGAGGUCAGGAGACCCUGUUUUUCAUAUUCGACUAGAAGAAAGGCACCAGAGACGGAGUUCUGUGAAAAAGAUUGAAAAAAUGAAGGAAAAACGUCAAGCAAAAUAUUCUGAAAACAAGCUGAAAUCUAUCAAGGCCCGUAAUGAGUAUCUGCUUACCCUUGAAGCAACCAAUGCUUCUGUUUUCAAGUAUUAUAUUCAUGACCUUUCGGAUUUAAUUGACUGUUGCGAUCUUGGAUACCAUGCUAGUCUGAACAGAGCCCUAAGAACCUACCUUUCUGCAGAGUAUAACCUUGAAACUUCCAGGCAUGAGGGCUUAGACAUCAUUGAAAAUGCAGUUGACAGCUUGGAGCCACGAAGUGACAAGCAGAGAUUCAUGGAGAUGUACCCCACUGCUUUUUGUCCACCAAUGAAAUUUGAGUUCCAGUCUCAUAUGGGUGAUGAGGUUUGUCAGGUCACUGCCCAGCAACCUGUGCAAGCUGAGCUUAUGCUUAGGUAUCAACAGCUACAGUCCCGAUUGGCCACGCUCAAAAUCGAAAAUGAGGAGGUUAAGAAAACAACAGAGGCUACCCUGCAGACAAUACAAGAUAUGGUCACCAUCGAAGAUUAUGAUGUGUCAGAGUGUUUCCAGCACAGUCGCUCCACGGAGUCUGUGAAGUCGACAGUCUCUGAGACGUACCUGAGUAAGCCCAGCAUUGCGAAAAAGGAAACGGAGCAAUUCUAUUUCAUGAAAUUCAGAGAAUAUCUGGAAGGCAGUAAUCUCAUCACAAAACUCCAAGCAAAACAUGACUUGCUGCAGAGGACACUCGGAGAAGGUCACAGGGCUGAAUACAUGACAACAAGGCCUCCAAAUCUUCCCCCUAAGCCCCAGAAACACAGGAAGCCCAGACCCCGAUCACAAUAUAGUGCUAAGUUGUUUAAUGGUGAUUUGGAGUCAUUCGUCAAGGAUUCAGGGCAAGUUAUUCCUCUUAUUGUGGAAAGCUGUAUCAGAUUUAUCAAUUUAUAUGGUCUUCAGCAUCAGGGAAUUUUUAGAGUGUCUGGUUCCCAGGUGGAAGUCAAUGAUAUUAAAAAUUCGUUUGAGAGAGGUGAAAAUCCUUUGGCAGAUGACCAAAGUAACCAUGACAUUAACUCAGUCGCUGGAGUACUGAAGCUCUAUUUCCGAGGGCUGGAAAAUCCUGUCUUUCCUAAGGAAAGAUUUAGUGAUCUUAUUUCUUGUAUCAGAAUAGACAAUCUCUAUGAGAGGGCUCUUCACAUCCGCAAACUCCUCCUUACUUUGCCCAGGUCGGUCCUUAUAGUGAUGAGAUACCUCUUCGCCUUCCUCAACCACCUUUCACAGUACAGUGAUGAAAACAUGAUGGAUCCAUACAACCUGGCCAUUUGUUUUGGGCCAACCCUGAUGCCUGUUCCAGACAUACAAGACCAGGUGUCUUGUCAGGCACACGUGAAUGAGAUAAUCAAAACUAUCAUCAUCCAUCAUGAGGCUAUUUUUCCAGAUGCUAAAGAACUUGAUGGCCCAGUGUAUGAAAAAUGCAUGGCUGGAGACGACUACUGUGACAGCCCAUACAGCGAACAUGGUACAUUAGAGGAAGUGGACCAGGAUGCCAGUACAGAGCCCCAUACCAGCGAAGACGAGUGUGAGCCCAUAGAAGCUAUAGCCAAGUUUGACUACGUUGGAAGAUCUGCACGAGAACUCUCUUUCAAAAAAGGAGCUUCCCUUCUGCUCUAUCACCGAGCAUCUGAAGACUGGUGGGAAGGAAGGCACAAUGGAAUUGAUGGCCUUGUCCCUCACCAGUACAUAGUGGUGCAGGAUAUGGAUGACACUUUCUCAGAUACACUGAGCCAAAAAGCAGACAGUGAGGCCAGCAGUGGGCCCAUAACUGAGGACAAGUCAUCAUCAAAGGACAUGAACUCUCCCACUGACCGUCACUCUGACGGUUAUUUAGGAAGGCAAAGAAAGAGAUCAGAACCUCCACCUCCUCUAAGACGCCCCGGCAGGAGCAGUGAUGGUCCCUGCCCAGUACACACACCUCAUCCUCUCUCAAACUCAUCCGUGGAUCUGGGUUCGCCCAACCUGGCAACUCACUGCAGUCCCAGAGCCCUCCUUCAAAAUCGCAACCUCAAUGCCGACAGCCCUGAAAGGCGGCGCAGACCUGGACAUGGCAGUCUCACUAACAUCAGUAGGCACGAUUCUCUAAAGAAGAUUGACAGCCCUCCAAUUAGAAGGUCCACAUCAUCUGGUCAGUACACAGGUUUCAAUGACCAUAAACCACUGGACCCAGAGUCAAUAGCUCAGGACAUCGAGGAGACGAUGAACACAGCGCUGAAUGAGCUCCGUGAGCUGGAGCGGCAGAGCUCGGCGAAGCACGCCCCCGACGUCGUGUUGGACACCUUGGAACAAAUGAAGAACACCCCCACCCCAGCCACCUCCACGGAGUCGCUCAGCCCGCUCCACAGCGUCGUAUUAAGGAGCUCUGAGCCUCAGAUCCGCCGUAGCACAAGUUCUUCCAGUGACACCAUGAGUACUUUCAAGCCCAUGGUGGCCCCUAGAAUGGGAGUGCAGCUGAAACCUCCCGCUCUUAGGCCAAAACCUAUUGUUCUUCCAAAAACAAAUCCUAGCAUAGGGCCUGCCCCUCCUUCCCAGGGUCCAGCCGACAAAUCUUGCACAAUGUAGACAGCUCAACCACCCACAGUGCCCGGCUGGGGUAUGCUAGGGAAAGGAAUGGAUUAACGAUAGAAGUCGGGGCUCCAUAACAUCGUUUGUUCAUGUUUGUAACUGGAGAGGCUUUGGUUUUUCGGUGUUUUUGAAUGUAUUGUCUGAAACUAGCUACAUCAACAUGGGCAUUUGUAUUUUGUAUGGUUUCAAUUAAAAGAAAAACUGGACAAUUGUGCAUCGUUUUAAAAAAACAAACUUAGACUUACUUGAAAACUUGAUGCUGCACCAUUUGUAAUAAAACCAACACAGAUCACAAACAGCUUGCCACGUUGUACCAUACUUCACAGUCUUACUGUAACUAUAUAAUAACAGAUCCUGCACAAAACUAAGGGGCGGGGAGGGGCGGGGAGGUGGGACCUCUUAUUUCUGGGUCACCAAACCAAAUCUCAAGCAGGUUAGUAAGAGCUGAAAUCUAGCAUGUGAGGAUUAAGUGUCUGUGUGGAAUGUUGAAGUCAUCUCAGGCCACAUUUCUUAGUUAAGGCACACCAAAAAAAAACCCACCCCACCAAACCCUCACAAACUCUCAUAAUUGGCACCAAGUUUUAGCUUUUCUUGUUGGCAGUCUCACUAGAGACAAUCGCUGGAUGGAUCUCGAGGUCACAUUGUUCUCACCAAUAAAAAAGCAGCAUUCCAGGUCACAGCUAAAGCACAUCUCCAGGAUAGUAUCUAGAAACUAACUCCUCUUGCUGCCCUCUGUAACGGUGUACCUUUUCCCAUGAAGCUAGACCUUAAUCUCCUGAUAUCACAUUUUUCACAAAAGCUAAAGUCAUUUAAAGUUUGUAGCUGAGUGAGCCAGGCUCUGGGGAGUACGUGAAGCUG